AUGACCACAACUAUUGAAUCAAAACCAUGUCAAGCAAAUGAUAAUGGAAUCAAUUGUGAAAAAGAUGCCAGAGCAAAAUGUUUUCAUUGUUCACGUGAUUUAUGUUUAACACAUUUUACUGAACAUUCACAAUUUAUUGAUAGUCAAACACGAACAUUUUUAUAUUCACAUGAAAAAAUUUUAAAUGAUUUAUAUAAUAAAUUUGAAUUUCUUUCAAUAUCAUCACGUAUAUUAGAAUAUCCAUUUAUUCAAUUGGAAAAAUGGCGUACAGAUGCUCAUCAAAAAUUAGAUCAAUUAGCUGAACAAAAACAUCAAGAAAUUCAACGAAAAAUUUCUGAAUAUCGAAUUAUAUUUACAGAAAAAACAAAUGAACAAAAACAAAAAAUUGAAUUAUUAAAAAAACAAUUAAAUAAUUUAUCUCAACAAACACAUGUGGCUAAUAAAGAAAUUAAAUAUUUAGAAGAUAAAAUUAAUGAAACAAAAAUUUUUUUACAUUCUAUUGAAAAACAUUCAAUUAAAGUUUCUACUUAUGCUUUUUUUGUUAAUAUUCGAACAAAUUUUUUUGAUUUACAAACUUCACGAAUUAAUCAAUCAUCAUCUCCAAUUGUUACUUCAUCAACACAAUCGACAAGAAAUACACGUUCAGAAUUAAAAGAAUUUAUGAAUAAUGGAAAUAAACAACAUUUAGAUAAAAAACGAUCAUUAUCUGUUUCGUUAUUAUAA